AUGGUACACUUGACCUCACGAGCUUUGCUUUAUAUCAUGACGGAGAAGGAGGUUCCAAACGGCCAAGGCAAUUUCCUGGUACGCUCCGCAAACGCCACCAUCCCGACCCAGCUCAGUGCACAGGUCUUAUACCAGAUUCCUGUCAUGAAAGAUGGCGUCACAGCGCACUGCUUAAAUGCAGACAACACUCGACAAACGACAUUGGAUACGCCAGUCACCUACUCUCUGGACGACGGUGCUUCUAUCGGCACUAUUUCCAGUCUGAGGAACCUAAUUCAGCAUUUUCUCGACCAUGGCGGCUCUCGAGACACACCAGUCAACGCUAUACCACCGGUCUGGGUUGCUUCGCCUGAACCCGGUUCCUCUUCAGUUGUUGGCAGCUUCAUUCAAAACAAUUGCGCCAGCCUGGAGCGAUACGUGAUUUUGGAUUUACUACUCAACAAAUUCAAUCAAUCUACGCCGUUGUCCGGUCCUUGUUUGUACACAAAGACAUGUACAGUAGCCGCUUUCUGGGAGCCGUCUCAACACGAACUUGCAGCGGAAGGCGGUUCAUGGGUAGUCCGUACAGGCUCGCUUUCGAACUUGGAUCAUGGUUUACCCAAAACUGCACGCCCAAUUUCCGCUGACCUCGACAGCAUCACUGGCUUGAACACUCCGUCAUUUGGCGCCAUGAUAUCCAAAGAUUUUCAAAGUGACAGCACCAGACUAGCUGUUGCGUUGGCUACCGUCUUUUCCGAAAUCCCUUGGAGAGAGCAGAUACAAAGCGCAUCUGGAAAUGAACAGUAUACAGUGAUUGAGAUUGCCUUAACGCGUCUUGGCUACGGAUAUGAAACAUCAUCCACAUCUACACGCUUAUCGCUAAUCGUUAUCAUGGCAUACUGCAUAUUCGCUGUCGGAUACAUAACAUACAUGCUCAGUAGCGGCCACACAUCUACGGCAUGGAAUUCGGCAACUGAGAUCAUUGUUCUUGCGUUGCAGUCAAAGCGCAGUGAGCAUUUGCGCCAUGUUUCGGCUGGCAUCAACUCCAUAGAAACAUAUCAGGAGCCUGUUGGGAUACGAGUUAGUGAUCGCAAUGAUCUGGAAUUGGUGUUCGAGCGUGAUCAAAGUAACCAGUUGCGGAAAUUAAGAAGGGUUGGGCUGAACAAGGCAUAUUAG